AUGGUCGCUCCCUCGCAGGCAUUCGCCUCUCGUUCAGCUUCAUUAUCGUCUUCACCCUCCGCAUCCUCGUCGUCGUCCCCGAAACAUCUCCAUCUUCCUCCGACGACGCCUAUAACGACACGAGAGAACCCAGCACCCGCACCAGCGCCAGCAGCAGCAUAUCCACCUACAACGACGACGACGACGACGACGACGACUACAACGCACACGCACCCAUCGCCCUCCACGAACUACCCGUCGCCCUCGUCCUCCCCAGUCCACACAUCCGAACCUCCUCGCUCCAUCGCGCUUGCCGCCGCCGCCGGCGGUGAUGGCGACCCCGCGCAACACACCGUCAUCGCCACGACCGAGGAGCUCAAGAAGAACGGCUACGUCCUGACGAACGCAGGCGUGUGGCGGAAGAACGAGCGCGCGAAGAAGGCCUUCACCCGCCGCGUCCGCACCGGCUGCCACACCUGCCGCCGCCGCAAGAAGAAGUGCGACGAGGCGCGUCCCGUCUGCGGCAACUGCGUGCGCAACCAGCUGCCCUGCGACUGGCCCGUCUCCACCGAGCACUGGCAGACGACCCGCAGCAAGAAGCGGAGGCGGGCCGAGGCGGCGGCGCUGAAUGGUGUGCUGAACGAUGCUGUGGAGGGGGAGGGGGGAAAUGGUGUUUAUGGUGGUGGUGUUGGGACGAGGGUGAGGAGGAUUGCGGCGAAGACGGAGGAGGCGGCUGCUGGUGCUGCUGGUGCUGCUGGUGCUGCUGGUGCUGCUGCUGUGCCGCCGCCGCCACCGCCGCGGGGGGAAUGGACGCAGGAGAUGGUGGAUGAGGCGUGCGUGCGGGGGUUGCUGGAGAUGAGGGAGUGGAGGAAGCGGCAGGGAGAAGAGAGGAGGAGGCGGGAUGAAGAGCGCGAGGUGAGGAGGCGGUGGGAGCAGUACGAUUGGGACGCUGAUCCGCCGAGCUGUGGCGAGCAGCCGCCGGCGGCGAAGUGCGCGAGGGUGGUGGUGGGCGGAGGGGUUCGGGCUGUCGGGGCAGCAGCACGGGAGAGGAGGACUGCUGCUGCUGCUGCUGCGACGACUACUGUGACGACCGCGACGACCACGAAUGCGGCUACGGCUAUGACUGUGGCUACGACUCCUGCGACUCCGAGUAUAAUUAUUGAUUACCGCUCUACUGGAUGGAAGCCGCCGCUACCAUCGCCGACGACUACUCCUGGGACUUCUUCUGAUUACCAUUCACCAAUGGCAACCCGGUGGAAGCCAACGACGGCGGCAGAGGCGGCGACGAGUAAGAUGGCUACGACGAUGCCGACGAUUAUGCUGAGGACGGAGCAGGAGAUUCCCAGGGCCUGCGUUGCGCUUGAUGAGUACCGCUGGACGCCCCAGCCGAAGAGUAGCAGUGCUGGUAACCGGGAUUGGUUAAGUAUCCUGGUUCAUCCGGUCAACCAGGCGUGA